AUGAUCUCACUGAAGAUAAUAUAUUUUUUGAGCUUUUUGAUAAUUUUUGUAAUAAGUCAACGACGCCACAAAGAUAAGGACGAUGCAUACGUCGAUUUAAUUCCUCUCAAUCUUAUUCCCGAGGGAUGCAGUGCAAAUUCGUAUUAUGGAUAUGGUAUUGUUGAUGGAAGUCUUGAAAAAUGCGAUAAAUAUGGCGAAGCGAGAUCGGUUGAUGGUGAAACUAGUGUCGAAUAUGAGGAAAUAAAAUGCAGAACAAUGAGAGUGCAUGGACGAAUGGUUGGGGAAAAAUGUGUUUGUAAGGCUGGAUGGAAGGGUCCAAUAUGCUAUGAAUAUAAUGGUUGUCCAGCUGGUUAUGCGCUCUACAAUAGUGUUUGUACACCAAAUCCCUGCCAACAUAAUGGUACUCUCGCUAUUGGUUCAAAACAAAUUGAAUGUAUAUGUCAAGCACCAUGGGACGGAAGGCACUGCGAACGACUUACAUGUUGGAGAAUGGCUCCCAAAGAACAUGAAAGAAGAUGGAGAAAUGCAGGCGAUCGUUGUCGUUGUGCCGAUGAAUAUGACGGCGAUAAUUGUGAUAUAAUUCUGAACUGCAAAAAUGACGGUGAAUUAAUUGAUAAAAGGCAUGUUUUACCAUAUUUUGUGAUAUAUUUUUAG